AGUAAUCGGAUCAAUGCCACGGGACUGAUAUUCCAUUUCGAGGAAAUUCAAACUUUGUCGAACAUGGAAUUAUUUAAAGCUUUGAGCUUAUUCAGCCGGCAAAAAUACGAAGAGUGCGCCGCGAUAUGCACGGAUUUGUUGAGGAAAAAUCCGCUGGAUCAGGCCGUGUGGGUCCUGAAAAUGCGCGCCUUAACGCUGCAAGUUUACGUGGACGACAUCGAGGGUGAGGAGGAGGGAAUCGCGGAGACCCUGUUAGACAAUUACGCGAUAUCGACGAUGCCCAGGCCGGGUACUUCCUUGAAAAAUCCUGGCACCAGUUACACUGGUCAGGGAGUGCGACCUAAGUCACAGUCCGGCAGGCCCGUUACCGGGGUAGUACGACCUGCCACUCAGGCAGCGAUGUCCCAAUCGAUUGAGCAGGCGUUGAGAACACCGAGAACAGCGAUGACUGCCAGGCCGAUUACAGCAAGCUCAGGCCGCAGCGUUAGGCUUGGCACGGCGUCGAUGUUGACGGAGCCCGGUGGGCCUUUCAUCCAACUGUCGCGAUUGAACAUAACUAAAUACGCUAAUCAGCAAAGCAUAGCGAAACCGUUGUUCGAAUAUAUAUAUUAUCACGAACACGAUGCGAGAUACGCGCUGGACUUGGCCGUCCAGGCGACGCAGGUCUGUCAGUACAAAGACUGGUGGUGGAAAGUUCAGCUGGGCAAGUGUUAUUACACCUUGGGCCUGGUGAGAGACGCGGAGCAGCAGUUCAAGUCGGCGUUGAAGGAUCACAGGAGCGUCGAGACGGUCUUGCGGCUGAUCAGGGUCUACAUCAGGCUCGAUCAGCCGGUGGCCGCGCUGGACACGUGCAAGAGGGGCCUCGAGUUCUUCGCGAACGACGUCACGAUCCUCACGGAGAUGGGCCGUAUAUUCGAGGGUCUGAACAACGCGACGAUGUCCAUGAAGUAUUACAAGAUAAUUGCGCAGGAGGACGCUUCGCACACCGAGGCGAUCGCCAGUAUAGGCAUGCAUCAUUUUUACAACGAUCAACCGGAGCUAGCCUUGCGUUAUUACAGGCGUCUCUUGCAGAUGGGCGUGCAUAACGCCGAGUUGUUCAACAAUCUCGGGCUCUGUUGCUUCUACGCUCAGCAAUACGAUCACACUAUAUCGUGCUUCGAGAGAGCAUUGAGCCUCGGAACCGACGAGAACGUGGCUGACGUGUGGUACAACAUCUCUCAUAUUGCUAUCACGCUGGGCGAUCUCAUAAUGGCCGAGGAGUGUUUGAGGCUAGCCAUCGCGAGCGAUACUAGGCACGCUCUCGCCUACAACAAUCUCGGCGUGUUAGAGAUGCGCAACGGGAACGUCACCGCGGGGAGAACGUAUUUCCACGCGGCGGCUAACAUCGCCAGUUACGUGUACGAGGCGCACUUCAACAGCGCGCACUUAGCUUACGAGGUUGGGGACCUGCAGACGAGCUAUAUCGCGGUGCAAAAGUCAUUGAACGCAUAUCCCGCACAUCACGACAGUAAGACUCUUUUGCGGAAGCUGCAGCGAUACUUCUCACAUACGUGAAAUAAACAACUCGAGAAUUUCUUACAUUCCAUAGUAUUGUUUGAUUUCUAUAUUAUUUUAUUUGUAACAUAUAGUUUAAACGUAAUUCUAUGUACAUAAUAUACAAAAAGGUACAAAUCAUACUUCAGAUUUCUGCACCGUUUAAAAAUUUAACGUUACAAUUAAUAAAAUCGGAAUCUGGUAAAAAAAAAGUAACGAUCGUUAAAAAAUUUAUGGAAGAGAUAUCCGGACGCAGCAGUCUAGAAUCAACGACAAGCAAUUAUCGCUCGUAUUAUUUCGUUUCUCUUUUUUUCUUAUCUCAAGUCUGUACAAAUAUAUACCAAUUUGACAAUUUUCUCAUUCGUGGAGAGAGAAUAUAUUUUUGUAUCGGCAAUAAAUCUGUCUCAAUUGUAGCGUGUAUUUAGCGAGAUUAAAUAUAAUUACAAGUCUGAUAAUUGACGUAUCGAAUGACAAUCUAAGAUAAUAAAUACUUGCCUACUUA